AUGGCAGAACCAAUGGAAGUUGAUCAGAAAACGGAACCACUUUUUGUUGAUGUUUUGAGUCUCAUUAACGAAUCCCGUAUGACAUACGGUCUGAGAAACGAAGACUAUCAACGCUAUCGUGAAUAUUGCGCGAAUAGAGUCCGUCGUCUUCGUCAGAUUCUGAAGUUAUCGCAGCCCAACAGUAAAAAGACCAAUGUACAAAAACCUUUGCCUGCUGUAGUCACCGAUGUUCGCUAUUUGCAGCUCUUCAUCUAUGAGAGUGAACGGGCUUGGGCCUAUGCAAUGGAAUUGAAGCAAGAAAGUGCAAAUAGUAUGGAUACUCGAUAUCAUUAUCAUCUCAUUAAACGUUUGAAAAGGGCAGCCCAAUACGCUCAGCAACUUCUUGAUUUAUGUCAACAGCAAAAUGUAGAUGCUAGAAGUAUUUUGGAUGUCAAGGCCUAUACUAAUGUCUUGAGAGGCUAUCUUUCGUUCGAGCAGCAAAAUUUCCAGGAAGCAUUAAAUCACUUCAUUAUCGCAAGCUACAUUUACGAGCAAUUCGCGGAAACAAACAGCAACGCAGAACAAGAGGCAUUGUGUUACUCUGCCAUUGAUGAGAUUGCUCCCAAUAUUAGAUUUUGCGCUUAUAAGAUGCAGAUCAGUGACGGACAAGAUGCUGAGAGUAUUAUUAAGAAGCAUCGUAGCAAGGAAGUGGAUGAUUUAGAGGCGGAACUUGCAAAAAUUGCUCAAAAUGACAAAAAGAAGAAUGCACGAUCUAUGCUAAUGUUGACUUGGCGCGAUAAAGAAUUUGCAGUGAAAAAUGAAUCGUUGGCAGAUGCUGUUCAUAAGGCCCGAGAAGCUAGAUCAAAGUUGGACAAAAUGAGUGAGAUGACUACUGGUCUGUUUGAUGAAAUUAUCAGUGAAUGGGCUAAAGCCGAGAAACUUUGCAAGAAAGCGUUGAAAGAGAAUAAGCAAGCAACCGCAAAAGUGGCGUCUUCUAGAUCCGCUAAAGUAACAGAAGAUUUGAAUCAGCUAUUCACCUUCAUUGAGUAUAACCUUUACAGUACUACUAUUCAACGUGAUCUUUGCAAGGCCAGAACAAUUGAAAAGGAUGGAAGACUUCAGGAAAUUAUUCGAUUGUAUGAUGAGAUUUUAAAGAACGCUGAGUAUAUAUGGGAGCUACCUCAAGUAAAAGAUGAUAUAUCACUUGAUGGGGAAUUGCAAACAAUGACAUUGUAUUAUAAAGCAUGCAGAUGCGUUCAAGUUGCAUUGAUAUACGACAAUAUGAAGAAAACUGCAGAGUCACUUGCACUUUAUCAAAAGGCUCAAAAUUACGUUGUGCAGGCUAAGAAAGGUCUUUCAGAUGUUCGUUCAUUUGACAAGGAUUCAAUUCUAAAGAUUUCAGAGAAGGACCUUACAGAUUUGGAGGAAUCCAUUCGUGCUGGUACAUGGAAAGCACGUGCAGCUUGGUAUCUCGAACAUGGAAAUUCUAGCAGCAACGCCGAUGACGAAAGCAAUAUUGUAGACAAAAUGUCAGGCUUGGAUAUAAGCGAAGGAACACUCAUUGAUAACUUAGAUACAUACCCUUCAAUUAUUAGAAAAGACAUGCUUAUCGACUUCCCACCUAAAUUUGAACCUGUUGCCUGCAAGCCUUUUUAUUUCGACCUUGCAGCCAAUUUCGUCAAAUAUCCCGACCAAGCCUUACAUGAUCGCACAAAGUCAUCGAGUUCAGGAGGCUUCUGGGGCUUAUUUGGUCGAAAGCAAAAGUAA